UGCCAGCCGAGCCGAGCAGAACCGGACCGGCGGGAGCCGGGCCGCGCAGGGUUCUGGCUGCCGCUGGACAUCUGUUUGGUUGGAAGAGAUUGUCAGGGGAGCAGGAGGCUAUUCUGACACAUCUCACCCAGGGAUCUUGUGGCCUCCUCCAGCACGGCCACCUGGGAUCCACUGAAGGGGAACAGGCUCACCCCGCAGCCCAACUUUUUACCCAACUGGAGCUGGGCUGCGGCUCCAACAGGGCACCACCGGCUUGAAUAGGGCAUCGCUGGCUCUGCCCCGGCUGGCCUCGCCUUCGCAUUAGAACGAGAUGACAGGAUCCUUGCCUUCAAGGAGCUGAGUCCAUCCAGCCACCUGCGUAGUGGGAGCACGGUGCUAAGCACUGGGGAUAAUACCUGUGAGGUCCAAGACCCGACCCCUGCCCUCACAGAACUUUCAGUCCAGCCGGCUCCUCCUGCGUGCGGAGCCCUGUAUCGGGAGUGUGGGAGAGGACCGCGGACACGACCCCCGGGCUUGAGGACUUGCGGUUCCCUCCUCCCCACCUCCAGGCACUAGGGAGGCCCCCGGGGCCCGGCCCUCCACCCCCAUGGCCCCACGCCUGCCCACGGUGGCCGACCUGGCCCACCUCUGCCGGAAACUGCACCGUCUGAAGACGCUGGAUGCCGACCUCAUGGAGACCUCAUUCCAGCGCUGCCUGUCCACGGCCGACCUGGCCCUGCUGGGCCUCGGGGGCAUGAUCGGGUCCGGCCUCUACGUGCUCACGGGGACGGUAGCCAAAGAACUGGCCGGCCCCGCGGUGACCGUGUCUUUCGCCGCGGCCGGGCUGGCCUCCCUGCUGGCCGCCCUGUGCUACGCCGAGUUUGGGGCCCGCGUACCCCGCACCGGCUCCGCCUACAUGUUCACGUACGUGUCGGUGGGUGAGCUGUGGGCCUUCCUCAUCGGCUGGAAUGUCCUGCUGGAGUACCUGACCGGAGGGGCGGCCGUGGCCCGGGCCUGGAGCGGCACGCUGGAUGCCAUCUUGGGCCACCGGGUGCGCAACUUCACCGAGGCUCAGGUGGGGCACUGGCAGGUGCCCUUCCUGGCCCGCUCGCCUGACUUCCUGGCGGCUGGUGUGCUGCUGGUGGCUUCGGCCGGCGUGGCCUGCGGCGCCCGGGCCUCCUCGUGGCUCAACCACACCUUCUCCGCCAUCAGCAUGGGCGUGAUCCUGCUGGUGGUGGUCCUGGGGUUCGCGCUGGCCCAGCCGGCCAACUGGGGGCCGCGGGAGGGGGGCUUUGCGCCUUUCGGGGCCUCCGGGGUCCUGGCCGGCGCUGCCACCUGCUUCUAUGCCUUCGUGGGCUUCGACGUCAUCGCCGCGUCCAGUGAGGAGGCCCGAGACCCCCGCCGGUCCGUCCCCCGGGCCACCGCCGUCGCCCUGGGGCUGGCGGCCGCCACCUACGUGCUGGUUGCCGCCGCGCUCACUCUCAUGGUGCCGUGGCACCUCCUGGACCCCGAGUCGGCCCUGGCCGACGCCUUCUAUCGGCGCGGCUAUGGCUGGGCCGGCUUUCUUGUGGCCGUCGGCUCCCUCUGCGCCAUGAACACGGUCCUGCUCAGUAACCUCUUCUCGCUGCCCCGCAUCGCCUACGCCAUGGCUGCAGACGGGCUCUUCUUCCCCGCCUUCGCCCGGCUGCACCCGCGGACGCAGGUACCCGUGGCGGGCAUCGCCGUGUUCGGCCUCCUCAUGGCGCUGCUGGCGCUGCUGCUGGAGCUGGAGGCCCUGGUACAGUUCCUCUCCAUCGGCACCCUCCUGGCCUACACCUUCGUGGCCGCCAGCGUUAUCGUCCUGCGCUUCCGGGCGGGCCCUGGCUCCGGUCCCGGUUCUGGCCCUGACCCCGUGGGCCCCUCCCCUGAGGGCCACACCCCUGAGGGCCACACCCCCCGUGACCACGGCCCUUCCACUCCCGCCCCCAAGGAAUAUGAGUCCUUCUCGGACAAGCUGCAGCUCGUGGAGGCCGAGCCGGCGGGAGCUCCCCAGCCUGGCCAGCUCAGAGCCGCCUUCCGACCCCUCCUGGGCUCGCUGAGCCACCGUUGGCCCGGGACGCUGGUGCCCGCUGCCGUGGGAGCCCUGGUGGGCUCGGCCGUGGGCCUGGGCUGCGUCCUCACCUUCGCAGGGCCCAGCCUGCCGGCCUGGGGCUCUGCCCUGCUGCUCCUGCCCUGCGGCCUGGUGUUCCUGAUUAGCCUCCUGCUACUCUCCGCUCACCAGCAGCAGAAGACCCCGGAUACCUUCCAGAUCCCCCUGGUGCCCCUGACCCCGGCGCUGAGUGUCCUGCUCAACGUAUGCCUCAUGCUCAAGCUCAGCCCCAUGACCUGGGUGCGCUUCGCCAUCUGGCUGCUUGUGGGGCUGCUGGUGUACUUCGGCUACGGGAUCCGGCACAGCAAGGAGAACCGACACGAACCGCGACCGGACGGGGGCACCCGCUACGUGGUAUUUCCGAGCGGAAGCCUGGACGAGACGCUGCAGGCUGUUCAGCCCCCGGCCCGGCAGACGCCGGCCCGGCAGACCCCGGACCCCACCGCCGACAGGUGAUCCCGGGCCAGACCGGACCCAAACGCGCGAGCAGGAACGCCCCGCCCCCAACAGCUUUCACUGCCACCAACGAGACGGUCCGGGAAUCCCAGUCUCCCCCCCCCCCCCGGGCCGCCCUCUGCCGGGUUCCUUCUGCCUUCCUCCCCGUCCCUAAUAAUAAGACUAAGAAGAAGAA